ACGGUUUUGAAGAGUCCAUGUUGGUAGUGGGACGGGAAGAUGCUGUAUAUUGCUAUACCCGUGAGGGAAGAGGGCCUUGUUUUGCCAUUGAAGGCACAAAGAAACAUCUUGCGUGGAUACAGAAAACAAAAUUAUAGUUUUUCAAAAGCAAUUACAAGAGUUGUUUCACAUAACCGGUGAAAAUGAUUUUUUCUAUAUUAUAAGCAAUUCCCAUGUCUCAAACAAAUGUAAUGUAAUUUUGUUACAGCAGCUGAAUAUGUGCAAUAAAAUACGCCUAUUAAUUGAAAAAAAUUUGUACGAUGUUGCACUGAGAUUAUUACAUCGAGAAGGCAGUACUUACUCACAGGAAGCCGCUUUAGUACGGUUUCAAUACGGAAAUUAUUUACUACUAAAAGGCGACAUAAGUAGAGCAGUUAAAGAAUUUAUUAAAACUAUUGGUUUUAUUAAGCCGUAUUCUGUAAUUUCAAAACUCUUGUGCUCGAGAUACAAUAGUUAUUUAAAGGAAUACUUAUCUGAAUGGAACAAAAUUAAUAAGACUUCAAACAGUUAUACAAAACUUAUUGAAUGUUGCAUUAAGCGUGAACAAAUUAAGCAUGAAAUACAGCAGAUAUCAGAUAAUAAUAAAAUCUUAAAUUGUACAAGCAGUCCGGAAUUAAAACAACUAUCCAAUUUAUCAAAAAUGUAUUUCGAAUGUAAAAUUCGAAAUCAGAGCCAAGUUGAAGAAGAACAUUUAUUACAUCGAUUUUUAGAAUAUGGACCAGAAAAGCUUUUAGUAAGUCCCACUACUUAUUUGGAGAAUAUAAAAUUUGAAAAUGUUAAUACACCAGAAAAUAUUCUUUCGUUUUUGUCCAUGCUGCCAGAUCAAAGCGACUAUCGUUCCAAAGUGUUGGCCGAAAUUAUUGAAAAGUUUCCAAAUUGUAACGAAAACUUAUAUUUUUACUUACUUCUUCUUUAUCUUGUACUGUGGCAAAAAAAACAAGUUACUACGAGCUAUGUUUUAAAUUUUGUAAAAAAAAAAGGUCUGCGUUUGGAUAGGGUUUUAAUUAUUUGUAGACUUUAUUCAUUUUUUGAUGGAAUACAAGAAAUGAAUAACAACCAACAGAAUGAUGAUGCACUGCAACAUGAAGCUGUAAAUAAAUGUAUACAUACAUUAAUUGAAAAUAAUCCGAAAGGUUCUUUAAAUUGUAAUAUAAGUAAAAGAACAUUUCUUAUUAUGUUAAAAAGUUCUUGCUCAAAUGAUAAAGUAAAAGCAUUACGGAUUAAACCAUUACUUAGGGAAAAAAUUAUUCGCGAUAUUGUUGAUUCAGCAAAUGAAGUACAGUUAAUUGCAAAUUUUAAUGAUAAGAUAAGGAGAUCUAGUUUGAUGCUCUCUCUCUAUACAAACAAUCCAAUGGAAUUUCGUAAUGAUUCAUGUGAUAUCUGUCGUGAGACGUUGACUACGCAGUCAAUUUAUUUUCUUUGUCAACAUUCCUACCAUAAAGAAUGCCUUAGCUACAAUUCGACAAAACGUCGGGAGGAAGUAAUAUGUGUUGUUUGCAAAACUAAAAAAAAUUUGUUGAACAUAAAAAGUGCCAUAAAUAUUAAUUCUGAUUCCUCAAAUAUCAUUUCUGGGAUUGCAAAAGUGUUGGCAAUAGGAACUAAAAAAAUAGAAAAUAAAAUUAUGAUUAAAAAAUAUGUGAAAACCAUAUCGGAAAGUAAUGACAAGAAUAAAGGCCAAGGCAAAAAUGAAUCCGUUUCAUUAAAUAAUCCUUUCGAUUGAAACUUCUUUUUUUGAGAUAUAUUACAAAUUUCUGAGUAUAUAUCUUUAAAUGUAUAUCUUGGUAUAAUAAAACAAUAUAUUGUACAAACUAA